AUGGUGCUGCUGCUGGCGCGCCGCGCGCUCCUGGCCGGCCGCCGGCGGCUCCCCCGCGGCCCGUCCCCGCCCCACGCUCCGGCGGCGGCGCGGCUGUGCUCGGGCGCGGGGGGCGAGGCGGCGGCGGCGGCCGGCGGGGACGGGGCGCUGCUGCGGCACCUGUGUCGCAAGCUGCGGGCCAGCGGGCCCGUGACGGUGGCCGAGUACAUGCGGGAGGCGCUCACCAACCCCGCACAGGGUUACUACACCCGCCGCGGCGGCAUCGGCGAGAGCGGGGACUUCAUCACCUCGCCUGAAAUAAGUCAGGUGUUCGGAGAGUUAAUAGGAAUAUGGUAUAUUAGUGAAUGGAUGGCCAUGGGCAAACCUAACACCUUCCAGCUGGUGGAACUGGGCCCAGGGAGGGGCACCCUUACUGAGGAUAUAUUACGGGUCUUCAGCCAGCUCUCCUCUGUACUUAGUAAAUGUGAUAUCUCUGUUCACCUGGUAGAAGUGAGUCCCAAACUCGGUGAGAUCCAAGCACGGAUACUGACAGGAGGGAAGAUGCAACCAAGCCCCAAGGAUGAGUCUGCUUACAUGAAAGGCAUUAGCAAGACUGGAAUUCCCAUUUUUUGGUACAGAGACAUUCAAGAUGUGCCGUCAGGUUACAGCUUUUACCUCGCACAUGAGUUCUUUGAUGCCUUGCCAAUACAUAAAUUUCAGAGAACUGAGAAAGGCUGGCGGGAAGUGUUGGUUGAUAUAGAUCCAGAAGUUCCUGACCAGCUGCGGUUUGUCCUGUCACCAUCCAGCACCCCUGCGACAGAAAACUUCAUCCAACCAGAAGAAAUGAGAGAUCACGUGGAAGUGUGUCCCGAGGCUGGUGUCAUCAUCCAGAGGCUUGCCUGUCGUAUAGAGAAGGAUGGUGGGGCUGCACUGGUUGCGGAUUAUGGCCAUGAUGGAACCAAAACUGACACCUUCCGGGGUUUCCGGAAUCACAAACUUCACGAUGUGCUGAGCGCUCCAGGCACAGCAGACCUGACAGCAGAUGUUGAUUUCAGCUAUCUUCGAAAGAUGACACAGGAAAGAACAACUACAUUAGGCCCCAUAAAACAGCGGGAGUUUUUAAAAAACAUGGGCAUUGACCUCCGGUUGCAGGUGCUCUUGCAGAAUUCACGUGACACAGCGACUCGUGAGCAGUUACUUCACAGCUACGAUAUGCUGAUGAAUCCUGAGAACAUGGGGGACUGCUUUAACUUUUUUGCCCUGCUGCCUCACCACAGACUUGUACAUCCUGACAAGAAAGAUAAGCCAGAAUCAAAGUCUCCCUUACCACCUGUUGCUGGAUUUCAUGAACUCUUACUGAAGUAAUUUCAAAUACUAUAGCAAAAUGUCUGAUAGCAGUAGUUUUCAAUAACAUCCUGUUAAAUUUGAAAAACAAAUCCCAGUAAAAGGAAUGCAUUUUAUGGUUUUACAUACUAAAUGUUUUGCAAUAUUGUAAUUAACAUAUAGGCAGUAAAGUAAGAACUAAGUAUCUUUGAACUGAAAGCAGAUAAGUAUCACCUUCUUCAGGCAAUUUUCUCAAACUGAUCUAUGCAUCAGGGCCCAGACACAUUUUGGUAGGGAGUGCUAUUUCAGAGGAAAUCUAGUGCAGCACAGUAAACCUCCUGACUGACCUACUCAAAGCAGUUUAAGUGGUAAUAAAACACUGCUCAUACAGAAACCAGGACACAGAGCAGAGAAUGAACAAUGUUUCAGGGGUCUUAGGAUAGAGCUGAGUGAAGUAUUGACUAGUGAAUCAAAACUUGUCAGUAACAAAGAGAUGUGCUUAGGAGUCUUUAAAUGUACUCAGCUUUUGUACUUGAAUAAAAUCAAGGAGCCUUGAAAAUAUUUUUAUAAAGAGAAUGGUGACAGGAUGCAUGCAAAAGAAGUUGCUGCUAACAGAAUUCCCAAAGCAGGGCAUAUCUAAUGUCAAAUCCAUAAACAAGCAAGUAUUUACUUCUAAGAACAUCUGAUAGGUGAGAUAAUUCAUGUAAAUAAAAAGAACAAGACUGAUAGGGAAAUAAAUUUUAUUUUCAAGCUUAUCAGAGGAUAUUUACAAACAAUGGGAUGUAUAAAAAUAUAAAAGUACUUGACAGUGUCCUUUUGAGGCUAUAAAUUUUACAUGAGCUUUUUUCCUAGCAUCACCAUAGCACUAUUGCUUGAAUGAAUGCAACUUAAUUCAUCUAGGGAUAAGGGUAUUAAACACUGUAACCUACUGCUGUCAAAGUUUGCAGUUAAGGUAGAAAAAAAGGGAAUAAAAAACUCAGCUAUUUUUACUACUCUGAAGAAAGUGUACUCCUUAUGUAUGUCUGAUUUUUUUUGGUUUCUUGGCUAUUAGCUGCUUGUGGCUUCUAUUGUCUGGCCCCAUAAGUCUGCAUAUACGAUCAGGCAAUCUCCUCCAAAGGCCAACAGCAUUAUUUUUAUUUUAAUACAACUUGAAGAAUAAAUAGCUCCUAUAAUAUUUUGAAGCAAAGCAGACUUCAUGGGGAGAGACAUCACCCAGGCCUUCUACUUCAUUGUUGUCCCCUCCUUCCUCUAUUCUUGUUGUGCUUUUUCAAGUGACUGAGCUGGCUUUAUUUCCUCCCUUAAAACAACACAAACAAACAACAAAAAAACCACAGGUAAACUGAAGUGACAGCUCAAGUAUUAAAUUUGAAGUUUAAAACCAAACUGUAUCUACAUUAUUACAGUUAGGAUGGAAGACAGCAAUGGCUUCACUGAAAUUUGGUCACUUGAGCAGUGGAAGUGGAAAAACAGCACUGCUUCCCUUGCCAAGCCUGGGCAAAUGCCAGACUACCAACAUCACAGGUUACUGCUCUGGUUCCAAAAAUGAAAAAUUGUGCCUCUUUGAAGAAUCAGUCCCGAAACCCUCCCCAACAGGGUUAAAAAGCCAGAGCUCAGCUUCCAAAAUGCAGUGGCAGUUAAAGAUUAAGGGCAAUAGGAAAGGAAAAGGUGGGUCAAAGACCCAAACCUACCUGUGGGCAUAUACUUCUGCAAUUGCCACUGACUUUACUGCCAGGUCACUGCUGUCACAAGCAGCUGCCAGCCCUGAAAUAACCAUGUAACAUUUUAAGUUUAUCUAACAACUUAUAAAGUCUGCUCACCUGUUCCCUUACCUGAAUAACAACAAUAGAAAAAAAUACCUAUCUACACAGAAAGAAAAAAGAAAAUCUUUGUAGGAGAGAGGAGAUACCUGAAAUCCUCUCACUGACUUUGCAGUUCAAGCCUGUUAUCAGUAUUUUAUAAGUAUUUCCAACCAAGCUCCAGUUAAGCAGCUUGGCAUAUCAGUGGUAUGUACAGCCAUCCUGCACCUUCCAGCAGCACAAUGCUGUUAUCCCCCACAAAGAUAAAGAUUUCACCCUUUCUGUUUUUUAAAAUAGGACAAAAAACCUCCUCUUCUAUUUGCAUUUAGCAUUCAUGGCCCCAGACUUCUUUGAAAUACCAUGAACUCAAACUGUUCUCCAAGGGAAUCAUUUCCAAAGAACACUGCUGUAUUGCGCUACAAGUCCAACAGGUGGUUGGGAGUUCUUCAACUGAGGCAUCUGCAUAAAAAACUGAGUUAGAAGUUGGUUUCAGACUCUUCAUUCAUCUCAAACAGCACUGGACACCGUAAAAAGGAUGGGAGGGGCUGCAGGUUAAGGUGGGAAGGCAAGUCCUUUCUCCUACAAUCCAGCUGCCCUGGCAGAAGCAACAGGUGAUGCAUCCACUGUUACUCCUAGGUUUUGAGCAGAGUUAAGAUACAAGCUAGCAGGCUACAAACUACUCUUGAUGUAACUCCAAGGAACCUUAAAAAAAUUUUAAAAAUAUUAGAAAAAUUUAAAAAUCUAAUUACUCAAAACAACGGAAGAAAGCUGCAUGUAUUUUUCCCUAUUUUUCCACAUCCUUCUGCUAGAAGCUGGUCUUCCAGAGUGAAAGGAUAUGCUACAUCAAGUCUUGUGUGCUCUCUGUGCAUGACUUGUGUAGUUUUAAGGCAAUAUGCCUUUGGUGUGUAUCGACUACACGUGCCAGCCUUGCACAGCAGCACACCGUUGUGGCUUAUUGCUUUAACAGACAAAAUAAAGGACUAGCAUAGCUUUGAUUGUCAUCUCCUUAGAUUGUCACCCAGCAUUUCAAGAGGAAUGUAAGAAGUUAUGGGUUUGGGUUUUUUUGUAUCUGGAAAAAGUUCAAUUAGGGCAAAGAGACACACAUUUAACUGUCUUAACAGCAGCAAAUUAUUCCUUCAUCUACAAAGCUGUAUUUGACUAAACCACCAUGUAUUGCUUUAGCCAAGAUAUUCUGCACCAA